GCACUCUUGGACGCCGGCGGCCGCCGCUGGUCCGGGAAGCCCCGCCUCCCGGCGCUUAGGAUUGCUCCGUUCCGCCAGAACGCCCCUGAUUGGUGGUCCCGGCCCCGGCCCCGCUGCCUAUCAAAGUUGGCGGGAAGGCGGAGGUGGGGCAGCAUGGCGGCGGCGGCGGCGGCGGCGCCUUCAGGGGCGGCGGACUCCUUCGCCGGCGGCGGCCCAGCGGCCGUGCGGCUGCCGCGGUCGCCGCCGCUCAAGGUGCUGGCCGAGCAGCUGCGGCGCGACGCGGAAGGCGGCCCGGGCGCGUGGCGGCUGUCGCGGGCGGCGGCGGGCCGCGGGCCGCUGGAGCUGGUGACCGUGUGGAUGCAGGGCACGGUGGUGGCGGCGGGCGGCGGCGAGGCGCGGCUGCGGGACCCCAGCGGGGCCUUCACGGUGCGCGGCCUGGAGCGGGUGCCGCGCGGGCGGCCCUGCCUGGUCCCAGGAAAGUAUGUGAUGGUCAUGGGAGUGGUCCAGGCGUGCGGCCCUGACCCCUGCCUUCAGGCUGUGAAGAUGACAGAUCUUUCCGACAACCCCGUCCACGAACGCAUGUGGGAACUAGAGGUGGAAGAUUUACACAGGACUAUUCCUUAGACGGCAUUGGAACCGUUGCUAAAAACAACAGAAAUCCUGAAACAGUUUAGGUUCCGGUCCAUGUGGAUUUCACAGGUACUAUUCCGUGUAUGUUCCUCAGAAACUUCUCGAAGAGCCUCGCUCUGGCUGCCCGAGGACCCCAGAGGUUGGAUUUGCAAACGCUGGGACACUCCCUUUAACUCAGCCCCCACACCCCUUGCUCUGACAACUGUUUGCUGAUGAAAAGCAGAUGUGAGCUCUGUUUUUGGUUUCCUUGGGCUUUUUUCCCCUUUGGUUGAUGUGUGUUCAUUCCCUGUAAAGCACGCAGAAAUCCCGUGUUGCAUCUUCCCAGUUUUAUGAGUGCCGAGAACUUUGUCUGUGGCUGCCGUGAACCUGUUUUUACCAGGCAGAAUCUGAACGUCACUCCUUGCUGGCGGUGAUUGAAUCGUGGUUGUGGGCAGGGCAGCCGACGUCCGGAAAUGGGAAUGACCUUGUGGCCCGCCUCUUCUCCCGUGCACAGCUUCCAUAUCCAGGCUGCACGCCAGCCAGUGUUUUUCUGCUGUGGACACCAGCAGCCUCUUGGAGAAGGUUCUCGCCUCUGAACCAUUUAAGGUACAUUUGCUGGAGACACGGAUGAUACCACCUGCCAUUCUUCCUCACCUGGAGAUGUGGAAAUGGUUUGAAAGUUUCUCAUUGAAACGAACGUCAGGAUUGAGAAUGACUUGUAAACAUUAAUAAACUUCUGUGUCAUAACUUUUGGUGAGACCCUGUAAGGGAGCAACCUUCCAGUGUAGAGGCUUUUUCUUUUGUUUCCCAUUCUCAGUUUUAUGGAGAUAGAAUCAGCACAGGGCACUAUAGACAUGUAAGUUGUGUGGCGUAAUGAUGUUAGAGUUAUUACGUUUUCUGGAAGGAAUGACUUUCGUGAUCAUAAUCAAUGUGGGUUUCUGCUCUCUGCGACUUACUCCUGCCUUCGUUUUCCUGGGAUUGUAAAUAUCAAGGGAGUCCAAUUACAUUCCUGCAUUGCUGUAGAGUUUUGUUGGGUUACAGAUCUUCUGCCACUAAUAAAUUAUAUGUUGUAUCUUUUUAAAAAUGGA